AUCAUGAGUCUCCUGGGGCGGGUAGCUGUGCAUCGUGCCAGGAAAGCCGCCCUGCUCUGUGUAGUCUUUCUGAUGGCGCGAGCGUGGAGCAGCGCCUCCCUGGCCUUGGCGGGGGCGGCGGUGUCUCAAGGACCCCAGGGCUGUCCACCGCAGUGUUCCUGUAGUAAUCAGCAGGGGAAGGUGGUGUGCACCCGACGUGGCCUCUCCCGUGUGCCCCCCGGCAUUCCUGCCAACACGCGCCACCUCAAUCUAAUGGAAAACGCCAUUGAGGCGGUGCAGGCUGACUCCUUCCGCCACCUGCACCACCUUGAGGUGCUCCAGCUUGGGCGAAAUGCCAUACGCCAGAUUGAGGUGGGCGCAUUUAAUGGACUCACCAGCCUCAACACACUGGAGCUGUUUGACAACCGGUUGACAGUGGUGCCAAGUGGGGCCUUUGAGUACUUGUCUAAACUGAGGGAACUUUGGCUGAGGAACAACCCCAUUGAGAGUAUACCCUCCUAUGCCUUCAAUCGGGUGCCCUCCCUGAUGCGACUGGACUUGGGAGAACUAAGGAAACUGGAGUACAUCUCAGAAGGAGCUUUUGAGGGACUGCAAAAUCUCAAGUACCUCAAUCUGGGCAUGUGCAACAUAAGGGGUGAAAUGCCAAACCUGAGUCCCCUAAAGGGCCUGGAGGAACUGGAGAUGUCUGAAAACCAUUUCCCAGAGAUAAAGCCAGGCUCCUUCAAAGGCCUGCGUUCGCUGAAAAAGCUAUGGGUGAUGAACUCACAAAUCACAGUGAUAGAGCGGAAUGCUUUUGACGAUUUAUCUUCAUUGGUAGAGCUUAAUCUCGCCCAUAAUAAUCUGAGUGCAGUGCCACAUGAUCUGUUCUCCCCGCUCAGGUACUUGGUGGAGCUCCAUCUCCACCAUAACCCUUGGACCUGUAGCUGUGAGGCUGUAUGGUUAGCACGCUGGCUAAGGGAAUCCAUCCCUACUAACUCUACUUGCUGUGGACGUUGUCACUCCCCUCCCAGCAUGAGAGGUCGACAGCUGGUUGAGGUGGAUCGAGGAGACGGCGCUGCAGUCCAGUGUUCUGCACCAUUCAUUGCUGAUGCGCCAAGGGACUUAAACAUCUCAGCAGGGCGAGUGGCUGAGCUUCGCUGCCGCACGGCCCCAAUGUCUUCAGUGCGCUGGCUAAUGCCCAAUGGGACGAUCCUGACACAUGCCUCUAGUCAUCUGAGAAUAUCAGUCCUCAACGAUGGCACUCUAAAUUUCUCAAAUGUUCUUGCAGCAGACACUGGCACUUACACCUGCAUGGUGUCCAACGCAGCUGGGAACUCCAAUGCCUCGGCCUACCUCAAUGUGAGUGCAGCUGAGCUGAAUACAUCCAACUUAAGCUACUUUACCACAGUGACUGUGGAGGUCUUGGGACCAACCACGGAGAUGCCCAAACCUAAAACCACCACCACGGCCACAGCUGCAGGAGCUGGGGUACCUGGAGGAGGGAUAGGCCUUGGAACAACAACUACUACUGCUUCACCUUCUGUGUUUCAACCAGUCUUUAUAUCCACCCCAACUGUACUACUGCAGAGCACCAACAGCCCACCAGGUGCAGCAAAGCCAUCUGUAGUGCCAGGAAUCCAAGGUUCCACUAGCAAGCCAGGAAGGCCUGGGCCUAGCCUGGAUGAGGUGAUGAAGACCACCAAGAUCAUAAUUGGUUGCUUUGUAGCAGUGACACUGUUGGCUGCUGUCAUGCUCAUUGCCUUCUACAAACUGAGAAAGCGCCACCAGCAAAGGAGCACAGUGGCCGCUGCACGCACUGUGGAGAUAAUCCAGGUGGAUGAAGAGGACCUUCCACCACCAGCAUCUGCAGCUCAAGAGACUCUCACAUUGCCUGAGAUCCGGGACCAUAACAGCAUACACAAAUUGGACUUUAUCAGCCACAAGACCGACUACAGCUUUCACAAACCCAAGGCAGAGUACAAACCCCAGCCUGAUUUCACCCUUCACAAGCCAAAGGCGGAGUAUACCACAUAUAAGCCAAAUAUGGACUUCAGCCACAAAUCCAUCCAUGACUACAGUACUCACAAAUCUACACCAGAUUUCAGCCUUCAUAGACCAAAGCCUGACUACAGCCAAUUUAGACAGGACUACAACACUCACAAACCUAAAGGAGAAUACAGCCCCUUCAAACCUGACUUCGGGACUCAUCCCAGACAGAAAACCGAAUUCAGCCCAUUCAAGCGAGAUUACAGCACCCAACCAAAACCUAAACACGACUACAGCCCAUUAAAAUCGGAGUACAACAUGCAGCAGAAACCUAAGGCUGAAUACAGUCCAUUCAAGCCCGACUUUGGCACACACCCAAGACAGAAGCCUGAUUACAGCCCAUAUAGGCCCGACUAUAGCACUCAACCUAAACCCAAAACAGAUUACAAUGGACAGAGAUCUAAAACUGACCUUACCUACAAACCCAAGGAUCCUUACACCCCCCAUAAGACUGCAGCCGAUUACAGCGCCUUCAAGACUGAUUUCAGCCCCCACAAAGCGGAUUACAGCGCCUUCAAGUGUGACUUUAGUCCACACACUCAGAGACCUAAACUUGACUACAGUCCGCACAAAGUGGACUACAGCCCCCAUAAGACAGACUACAACACUCUAAAGCCUAAAUAUAACACCUAUAAACCAACCGGCCACGGGGCUAAAUGGACAGACAACAAUGUUGGGAACUCUUUGCCUCGAACCUUGCCCAGCACCAUCACAGCAAUGGCUGAGCCCUUUGUCAUAAAAACUCACGCCAAGGAGAAGGUACAGGAGACUCAGAUUUAA